CAGCCGAUUAUUUUGCUAUCGUUGCGGUUUUUGGCGACAUUUUGUUUUAAUGUGUUUCAAAGACUUUAGAAAACGAUUUAACGUGAUUUUUUGGAUGUUUUUGUGAUCAAACGUCUCUACUUUUAUAUGGAUCUUUUAUUUGAAUCUAGUGUAUAGUGCAAUGAUCUGAGAGAAUGUGUAGAUGCAGCGUGAAGAGAGAGACGUUGUUCACUACACUAACAUGAGAUAGCGAAUGCGAUCAGCUGGGUAUGGUCAAAACACGGUAGUUUGACAGCUAGGUAACUGAUUUUGUAUGCGCUGGGAGCUUUUCGUUUUACCACGUUUUACAAGAUUUUGAUUAUCCUACUUGCGUUUCGACUUGUGUUUUGUGUUCUUGUGUACGAAAUGCCUGCUACUUGUGCAGCAUAUGGCUGUACAAACCGCCAUAAAAAAGGGGGGAACAUUUCUUUUCACAGUUUUCCAAAUGAUGAAAGUUUGCGACGAAAAUGGGUAAUUGCCAUGAAAAGGGAACAUUUCGAACCGUCAAAAUAUUCGAAGCUGUGUUCAGAUCAUUUCAAAGAGGAAGACUUUGUUUUUACUUUUGGCUUAAAAACAUUAAAAUUGGGCACAGUGCCUACGAUUUUUAAUUUUCCAUCGCAUUUAUUAAAGAAGGAACCCAAGGAACGCUCCACUAGGCUCCGAAACUUUGAAAAUGAUGGUAAUUCUGUUGAGACAUUGGUUGAGACGGUUGUGACCAAUGUUGUGACAGAAUCAGAAACUGGCGCAUCUGAAGUAUCUGUGACCAGUUCUUCCACUUCCCAUCAAGAGCAGCAGCCAUCAACCUCCACGGUACCGAAAGAGACUUUAGAACCACAAUUCGUUUCAAAACAAGAAGGCACAAAAAGAAAAAGAAGUCAGCCGAUAUAUGUAGGAGAUUUUUCUGAGGCAGAUAUGGAGAAUCCAAAAAAAGCCAAACUUAUGUGGAAAAUAUCUAACAACACCAUUGUUAGACAGAAGAAAACAAUAGCCUAUUUACGUCAAAAGGUUUACAGGCUACUGAAACGAAUUAAGUCUUUGGAUCAAUUACAGCUGAAGAAAAAGCAAAUUUGGUGAGGGGUUGCUUGCUUAUGCUGCAUAAAGCUGGCGUUAAGGUCAUCUCGUUAACCUUUGAUGGUGCUGCUACUAAUUGGACCAUGGCAUCUUGUUUAGGGGCGGAUUUAGAAAUUUCAAACAUGAAAACUUUUUUCUUGCACCCUCAGACACAGGAAGAAAUUUUUAUAAUUUUUGAUCCAUGCCAUAUGGUCAAAUUAUUGCGCAACGCUUUGGGAGACUGGGGUGCAAAAACCGAAGAAUUUUGUGGCAAUUUUUUAAAGAGUUGGUAACACUCCAGGCAAGUCAGGAGCUACAUUUAGCUACAAAAAUAAGAUCUCGGCAUAUUCACUAUCAUAAUGAAAGUGAAAUUAGCUGUGCAAGUCUUCAGUACAAGUGUCGCGGAUGCGUUGGAGUACUGCAAUAAAGAUUUACGACUGGCACAGUUUAAUGAAUUGUAGACCAACUCUUUGAUCUCUUUAAUACCAGAAAUUCUUUGAGCAAGAAUAUGUUCAAGAAACCCAUGACUGAAGGUCGCUUACCUUUUAUUACAUCGUUUUUCAAAGAGGCGAAAUCAUACAUUGUGGGUCUAAAAACUGUAGAAGGAAGUCAACUUGUUUUAUCUGCCCGGAAAAAAGGCUUUCUUGGGUUGAUAAUUAACAUGACUUCUUUCGAAGGAAUUGUGCAAAAAUAUAUCAUAGAAAAGAAAUAUUUGUCAUACCUGCUUACCUACAAGGUAAGCCAGGAUCACAUAGAAACUUUUUUCUGUGCCAUUAGAUCCCGAGGCGGUUUUAACAAUAACCCGACAGCUUUGCAGUUUGAAGCAGCUUAUAAAAGGCUUUUGAUCCAUGUCGAAAUAUCAUCAAAAGCAACGGCAAAUUGUUUGCAACAAGACGAAACUUAUAUUUUGAACAUUUCGUCAAAUAAACAAAGACAAAUAACGUCGGUUAUUGAUAACUUACAUGAAGUUGACGAUAACAUUGACGAUGCAUGUGACGAAAUUAUUAAUGUGGUCGACCAAUCAUUGUACAUUUCGGACAUUAUUGGAUACAUUUCUGGGUUUAUUGUUCGCAAAUUGAACAAUAAGAUUAAUUGUCAAAUAUGCUGCUCUGCAUUGGAAGACAAUUUGAUCUGUUAUAAAUUUUUGAACAGGAAAAAUAAGGGGGUUUGAUUAAACCUUCUGCAGAUGUUUUUUUAAUCUGCAGAGCUGUCGAAAAUGUAUUCAGAAAUUAUGAGAUGAUCUCAUCAGGAAACGUUAUUUUACGGCUAAUAUAUUUAACAAAAAAACAACUGAAAAUUUGUGAAUUAUUUGUUAAACUGAAUGACCACAUUCUGGAUCAAGAUCCUCUGAACAAUCAUUUGUUGCAACUUGUAAAUUUAAUUUUAAAAACUUUUUUUACGAUUCGGUUGCACCACAAAAAUAUGUCAAUCAAUGAAACCAAAGAAAGAAUUCGGCACAAAUAUUCAAAAUUAAUUUUAUUUAAAAAUCAAUGAAAGCCGUUUACUUUGCGUUUUUUCUCCUUGUUGUAAUCUUUAAACUGUUUAUGCCGCAAUAAUAAAAUUUUAAAUUAGAAUUCACGUUUUUGUUUUAUUUAAAUAGUUUUAAAGCUAGAAGUGCUUAGUUUUAUUUGUACUAUUAACAUCUACCAAUAAUACAUGAAUUAAUAAAUCAUUCGUUGUGUAUAAAGCGUUUUUUUUUUCAAUUUUAUACGUGUUGCCAAUGCAACGCAAUGAGAAAUUGACCAAACCCACGUGAUCUCAUUAUUGCGUUCUCCGUCUUUGUUGUGAAUUUCCCCAUCAUGUUAUCUCUCUCACAUGUUGAAGUCAAUGUUCAGUUAAGCCGAGAUACGCAACGCUUCAUCCAUACAAUUCUAACGUCAUUGGUAUAGUGUGAAUUACAGUGUUUUAAUGAAGGAUGAAUCAACUUAAGGCAAAUUAAGAGAUUAAUAUAAUCAUAUUACACCAAGAAGGAUCACACAAACUUCUCUAAUGAGGGAAUUUCUUGAUGUUUAGAAGAUGAAGACCGUCCUUGGAGAUGAUUGGAAAUUGGGAUGUAAUUGAAAAUUCCAUGAAGAGGAGUUAAAUUUGCGAAGCUAGUAUUUUGUGAAAGCAGGGAGUUUAGGACUUGCUAUGGUUCAAGGUUUUCAAAUCCGCCAUGUCCCUCUAUGUCUUAAUCUUUUAUGUUGUUUUACACAAUCUUAUAACGCCUAUGCCGGUUAAAAAAACAAGGUUUUUCCUUUUUGUGAUUGCUUAAUUUAGAAACUAAGUGAAAAAACGUAUUCUACAAGUUUUAUACAAGUUAAACAAUAUUAAAGACUCCUAUUAUAAAUUUAAAUGAUUACAUGGUAGUUUUAAUCAGUUAACUUUCAGUUAUAGUUAUGUAUAUCAGAUAUGUGGCUUUUUAUUUAAAAUAAUUUUAGCACACUUGUAAUUCUCUUGUGUUUGAGUAAUUUACUAAUAACUAUGAUGCAAUCGAGAUUA